AUGGGAAGUAGUGAUUAUGGACUUGAAUCUCCAAUUAAGAAAAUAAAUGCUAGAAAAGAUAUGAGAAAUGGAAGUGACUAACUAACAAAUUUUGCAAAGUCUCUUUAGGAGUUACCAUAAAUUAAUGAGACUUAAAAUGGAUGGUAUUUAAACAAAAGUAAUAACGAGCAGCUUGAAUUGACAUCAAUAAUGUCUCCUAAAGCUCAAUCGAGAUUUUCAGAUGUAUCCAAAAGCACAUCAUUCUCUAGGCCAUUUACUUGUGUUUCGUUUGUGAGCUCUACCACAGUUGGAACAAGUCUAACCUAAAAAAUAGAGAGAUUGAACAAAGUUUCAUUAAAAUCUACUGCAAAACAUUUAAUAUAAUGCUCGAAACAAAUUGAAUAAGCCCUAAGGAAUAAUAGGCUAACUUUAAAAUCGAUGCUCACCGUCCCAGAGAUUGUAAUGUAUCUCCAUAAUACAGAUGUCAAUCUGAGCUUAAGUUAGCUGCAAAACGUUUUAGUGGGAGUGCUUCUAAUUUAAAGAAUAAACUCAGAUUUCCAAAUUAGUAUUAAAACAAUUUUAAAGAGUUGCUAAAACUAUGUUGAUUAGUGUGAAAUAGAGCAUAAAGAUUUUUUCAAUAAAUCAAAAAGUGAUAAGAUUAUUGAUGAAAUCAGGGAUUAUAUCUAUAACAAAGGACUAGAAUUGAGAGUAUUAUUUUAGAGAUCAACUGAGUCAGACAAUGAUAACUAUGAAAAAACUGUAAUGACAUUAGAGUAGUUUACUACUUUUAUCAAGAAUAUUGUUAGCGAUAAAUUUUCAACGAGAGAUGUCGAAACUGUUUAUCGUAACUUGGUAAGUUAAAAACCUUUUAACUACAAAAGGUUUAAAAAGAACUUUAGGUAUAUUUAAAUCCUUUUUAUUACAUAUAGUCCAUAACCUGUUGAUGAUAUUUGGUUUAAUACAGGAUUAAAAAUUAUCAGAGAUUAUAUCAUAAAAAAGAAAUCUUCUUCUCAAGAAGCUUUUGAGAGAUUCAUACUCAUGCUUGGAAGCAAAGACUAACCUAGAUUAACUAAAUAUCAAUUUAGAGACAUUAUGAAAAGAGAAAAUCUUCCAUUUUCAUUGGCUUAAAUUGAUUUUUUGUUUAGCAAAUUUGACUAGAAUAAUGAUGGCUACAUUGAUUUAAAUAAAUGGCAAUAGUUUAUUUAAGAUGAUCAUGAUAUUUUAUAUAAAAUGGGCAAGAGACUUAUGGAUGCGCCUCUAAACUUUACACAGUUUAAAGAAUGCAUCAUGAAAGUAGACUCAUCUCUCAAUCCGCUAUAAAUUAAAAGCCUUUAUGAACUUUUAAAGAAUUCAGAUGAUAAUAAAGUUGAAGUUGCAUAGAUAAUAAAAAAUCUUACAGGAGAGCAAGCAGAUACUGUGAAUUUCAAGAAAAUUAUGACUAAACGAAUUUAAGAUUACUUGACUAAAAAUCAACUCCUUAUAUCUAUCAGAGCAAAAUUUUAAGAAGCAGAUAGGAAUAACGAAGGACUAGUUACACCAGAAUAGCUAUUAAAAAUUUUGUUGGACAUUAAGGUACCAGCUUUGAAACUAGAGUUAGAAAAAUAUAUAAGAUAAAUUAAAAAGAACUAAAAAGGACUGAUUUAUUACUAAAAGCUUGUUCAAACAUUUGAAAACUAAAAAGAAAACUUCCCAUUAAAAUCUCUGGGUGUUAGAUUGGCAGUAUUUUUGAAAUAAAAUAACUUAGACCACCGAAGUUUAAUUGCUAAAUUGAUACAGACAAAAAAUCAGUCAAAGUCUAAUAAGAAGUAGUCAAGAGACGAUAAAUCGAUUAAUUUGGAUAAUAGGAUAGGGGAAAGUGACAUGCAAAACUUCCUGGCAAGAAUUAAUUUUCAUGAUUUCUUUGAUGAUUAAUCUACUUCUACUGCUAUCCUGUCAACUCCAGAAAAAGGUUCUAAUUCAUUCUCAAACAGAUUACUGCAAAGUUCAUCACAUUUGUCUAGAACAGGUUUUGGGGGAUAUUCUACAAGUUCAGCAGCAACUAUGAGCUUUAUUGGAAGCCACAUGGAAUAAGCAAGUAAUAAAAAGUUGUUUCCAACAGAAAAUUUAGUUGGUGAUAAAUUAGUUGAGGUAGUUAAUAAAGUCAGAAAUGAUUUGAAACAUAAAGGUCUUAACCCUAUUCAAGGAUUUUAAAAACUAGAUAUAAAUUAAACUGGUUUGAUAUCAUACCCAGUAUUUUCGGAGUAAAUAGAUAAGUUUUCAACAUUAUCAGAAGCCAUAAAAGAAAAACUCUUUGCUUAAAUGGAUCAUCUAAAAACUGGGCUAAUUUCUAGUGAAUAAUUCUGUGAUCUAUUCAAUAAAAGCAUUACAGUUCUUAGAGAUCCAAUUCAGACUCAUAUAGCAGAUACAUUUGAUUGGGAGUAAACUGUAAUCAAAGAAAUCAAGCAGUGGAUAGUAGAAAAGAACUAUUCUUCUACUGAAGCAUUUAAGAUAAUAGAUUAAGACUUUGAUGGGAAUAUUAGUAUAGAAGAUCUUAAAGGAUUUCUGCUCCAAGUUAUGAAGCUAGAAAAUGAAGACAUUUAAAAUACUAAACUCAAUAGACUUUACAAGAUCCUAGAUAUUAGCAAGACUGACAAAAUUUUUCCAUCUGAUUUUGAGGGAGUUUACUCUUCUAUAUUACAAUUGUAAACCAAUGCAAGAGAUGAAAAUGGAAAGACAACUACAUUUAGAAGUAGAAUCUUAUAAAAUCAAUAAUCUGCUUUAAAUAAAAGCUAGAAAUAAGAUGAUUUAAACACUUUUAACUGGCAGAUAGGAUGCAUUUAUUAGAUUGGAAAAUUUAUAUCAGAAAAGUACUCUACUCUUCAAGAAUCCUUUGAAAAUAUUGUAAGUUAGCAGAGAGAAUAGGAACUAAAGAUAAGAUAUGGUGACUUUCUAAACUUUAUAAAUAAGUAUAAUGUUUUAAAUGGCUUCAACUUAACAAAUCAAUUGCUUUAAAAAUUAUUUGCUGCAAUGGACCCGCACAGAAAAGGGUAUCUCACAAUGAAUGAUUGGAAGUUGCACUUUAGUGAGUUCAAGAAUAUCGAAACUAAAUUGCUAGAUAUAAAAGGAGCCCUUACUGCUACAUUUAACUCAGUAUAGCAAGCUUUUUAAUUCAUGAUAGACAAGAGUAAAUCCAGUGAGAUAAAUUUUGAGGGUUUUAAAAAAACUAUGGAUUAAGUGUUGCCAGGAAGACAUUAAUAAAGCCAACUAUAGUUAAUAUGGGAUAGUAUAGUUGGGCAAGGGUUAGUAUUCAAAAGUGACUCAUAGAUGCAUGAUAUGAUUAAUAAGCAUCUGCUGAAAACUUCAAUGUCAAAAAGUAUUUCAAUUAUAAACACCAGGGGUAAUCUCAGAAAUUAAUCUGCACUUACAAAUAACUCUUAAAAUCCAGGUUAUACAAAUAUAACUUAGAUGCUAUUGUAAAACUAAAAUCAACUCUACUCUAAACUCUAGUAAAGUCCAGAUUAAAUUAAAAAUUCUUAAGCGUCUCAUGAGCUUAGAGCUGCCACAUUUUUCUCAAAUAUGAUAGAUCCAGUUACUCAAUAAAAAAUAAGCAACGAUUUAACAUUGGACAGACUUAGAAAGAACCUCCAAGCUAUGGGGGUGACUAACUUAAAAGAGCUCUGCCAAGCUAAUGCGAAUGGAAAGACUAGCAGCAUUGAAUUUAAAAACUCUAUGAAAAGACUAAAUAUAAAUUCGAAGGAUAUUGAUAGACUUAUGGAGGUAUUGGUGAUUGAUGAGGAGUUGAUCGAUUUGAGAGGAAAUAACAGACUUAAAGGAUUGAAGAAGAUGAUGUAUGAGUAAAUGACUUCCCCAGAGGAUGCAUUUAGAUUUUUUGACAAGGAGGGUAAGGGAAGACUGACCUACAAUGAUUUUUAAAGCCUCAUUUCAAAUUUAUAUUAAUUGCAGAGCGAUGAACCUCCUACUUACCCAAUAAUAAAAGAUAUGUUUGAUCAAAUAGACAUUAGGAAAGAUGGCAUUAUAGAUAUUAAUGAAUGGACAAAGACAUUUUUAUCAUAAUAAGCAUAGGUUAGCAGAAGCAUGCAAGGAUUUGCCAAGAGAGGAGGAUCAAUGCAGCCUCGUAGUGAGAAUGAAAUGAUAAAUAUGAGUAGCUGGGUGUCUAGUAAGGACUAUACAAAUCUCUUGAAUUUAAUCACCAAAAACAAAAAAGCCUUGGAAAAACUUUAUAAAGAGAGCUUGAAUUAAGAUGGUUUCAUAAGAUUUGAAGAAGCCAAGAAGCUACUGAUAGAUUUCCUACGCAAAUAAAUGCUCAAUGAAAAUGCCAUUCAGCUAAAAUUGGAAGAUUGGCAAAUUUAAUAAAUAGCAAGUCCAUUCUAAGAAUUAAAGCAUGGAGACUUCAUUAUGAAUUAUUAGAAAAUGCUAGAUACAAUUAAGGACAGACACAGAGUCUUAGCAGGCUUUCCUAAAAUAUUUGAACAAAUCAACAUAAGAUGA